UUAACGAAGGUUGAGAAAAUCGCAUUCUGACACGGACGAAUCCGGACCGCGUCUGUCUUAAUAACGACGGAUACGGAGCUGCAAAUCUCUCUCUUAUUUCUUCUGGGUGCAGUUUGAUCUUUUCUGGGGUCGUUACUUUUGGUUGGCGAGCUGACUUGAAGCUGCCGUGUUGAUGACUUUCUUCUUGGUCGCGCAAGCUCUGUGCUCUUGAACUUUUCGAAGUCUUUCUGAAGUGGGUUGUUCCUGAUUUCCCUCAAAAUCGGGACUUUGAUUGAUUUCGCGGCUGAAUUAUAUGUGAAGCGCCCGCUAAGUGAAGGCUCCAAGCUAUGAAUUGCUUUUCGUUUUUAAACGGGGACAAGAAGGAUGAUGAGAGAACUCCAAAGUGGGUUUCAGCUCAGUCCACGGCUUCUAUAUUUACUGAUUCUGACGUUAGGAGAGUUGGUUCGGAAUUGACUUCUCGAAACCUUUCUGAAGCAAGCACAGAAUCUUUGGGGAGGACUGCUUUUCCUAAUGUUUUGCAGAAAUCCAGCAAUCUCAAAGCUUUCACUGUUUCAGAACUCAAAUCAGUUACCAAGAACUUCAGCCGCUCUGUCAUGAUUGGAGAGGGUGGAUUUGGGUCUGUUUACAAGGGUACAAUCAAGAUUACAGAAGAUCCAUCUAAAAAACUUGAAGUGGCUGUGAAGCAGCUGAACCGGAAAGGAACCCAGGGACAUAAAGAAUGGGUGACAGAAGUUAAUGUUCUCGGUGUGGUUGAACAUCCAAAUCUUGUAAAAUUAGUUGGAUACUGUGCCGAGGACGAUGAAAGAGGAAUUCAACGGCUUUUGGUAUAUGAGUAUAUGCCAAAUCAAAGCGUUGAUGAUCAUUUAUCAUCUCGCUCAACAACACCCCUUCCUUGGGAUAUGAGACUAAGAAUAGCUCAAGAUACUGCUCGUGGCCUGACAUACUUACAUGAGCAAAUGGAUUUCCAGAUAAUUUUUAGAGAUUUCAAAUCAUCGAACAUUUUACUGGAUGAGCAAUGGAAUGCCAAGUUGUCGGACUUUGGAUUAGCAAGACUCGGACCUCAAGAGGGUUUAACUCAUGUCUCAACGGCGGUUGUGGGAACCAUGGGAUAUGCUGCUCCUGAAUACCUGCAAACUGGACGUCUCACAUCGAAGAAUGAUGUUUGGAGCUAUGGAGUUUUCCUCUAUGAACUAAUCACUGGCAGGCGUCCUUUAGAUCGUAACCUCCCGAAGAGUGAACAGAAGCUUUUAGAAUGGGUGAAGCCGUACCUAUCUGAUUCAAGGAAGUUUAGGUUGAUAGUGGACCCCAGGCUUGCAGGGACAUACCACAUCAAGUCCGUGCACAGGCUUGCAACAAUAGCCAACAAAUGCUUGCAUAAAAACCCGAAGACGCGCCCUAAGAUGAGUGAGGUGUUAGGGUUGGUGGACGAGAUUGUGAGGGAAUCAACUGGCAUGGACUCAUUGAAUAGUUUUGUGUCAGUAGAGACGCAAGAGGAUACUGGAACAAAUAAUAAGAGGAGGAUUUUUGAUUUUAAAGCUUGGGAAAGCUGGUGGUUGGGUCGGAUCUGGACACGGAAGUUUGCCAGGGCGUGCUGAGAAGCAAAGGUUCAAUGUAAAUAGGCAUGGUUUAUGCAAAAGAAAGAGUAGAAAAAAGGCGGCAUGGCGUGGGUGGAACUUGGGUUGGACACAUUGUAGCCACAAGACACCGAUAAUUAUUGGCCGUGCUGUAAUAUAUUGUUCUCAUAUAGAAAAACUCGUUUGAUGUAGAAGUAAGAGUAUGGCUUAGAUCUGGAGUCUGGACAUGGAAGGCCUAUGAUGAGAGGAGUCAAAACUCAUGGUUUUGGCCACGAAAGAAGGAUGACCUGGUACGUUAAUGCAAAGUUAAGGAGCUCCCUGUAAAAUGUAGAACUCGUAUUGAAAUUGUUGUUCUAUUUGAUCCACACAAAUGUGUUCCCCUCGAGUUUUUGAAUUGAUCAGUAUUUUGUUGGAAAUUAAUAUUCAUGUAGUCUGUUUCUCUGGUUCAA